AUGUUCACAAGUGGAUCAGGGGCUGAAGAAAUAGAAAGUAAUCAAGAACAAUUACAAGCAAAUGUCCAUCGAAUUGAUUCAUUAAAUCUAUUAUUAUUUACUUUAUUAUUGGUCGUUGUCGUAUUAACAAUUUGGAUAGCUAAACGAAGAAAUUUUAGAUAUAUACACGAAACAUGUCUCGCAUUAAUUUAUGGUUUUAUUAUUGGCGCUAUUCUUCGUUAUUCAAACACGUCAAAAUCAAAACAUAUGAAACUUAAUUUGCCGAUGAAUACCACAUUUCAAUCAAAAACAAUUCCAAAUUCAAUUUAUUUAGAAGAUCAGAAUUCAUCAGCAAUUUAUUUAUAUACGUUCAAGGGACCAUAUCAGAAAGAGACAUUACCUAUCAAUGAAGAAAGAGCUAUAUUUGAUGCUGAAAUAUUUUUUAAUAUCAUAUUACCACCGAUCAUAUUUCAUGCUGGAUAUAGUAUGAAAAGGCGAAAUUUUUUUCGCAAUUUGGGAGCGAUACUGACGUUUGCCCUCGUAGGAACAACGAUUGCGUGUGCCGUAACAGGAGCAAUUAUCUAUGGUGCUGUUCAUUUUUUGAAGGAAUUACAUUAUUUUUCGUUUACAGAUUCGUUAUAUUUUGGUGCAAUUAUAUCGGCAACAGAUCCGGUAACUGUUCUUGCUAUAUUCAACGAUCUAAAUGUUGAUGUUGAUUUGUAUGCCAUUAUAUUUGGUGAAAGUGUGUUAAAUGAUGCUGUGUGUCUUGUACUUGCCAAUUCAAUUGAUAAAUACGUCGCUAGUGCUGUACUGGGAAAAUUUGAUCAAGCUGUUAUGUUAAAAUCGUUAGGCAAUUUUUUCUUUGUAUUUAUUGGCUCAUUUGCAAUUGGUAGUGGUAUGGGUUGUCUAACAGCAUUGAUGACAAAAUUUACGUAUAUCAAAGAUUUUCCAUUAUUAGAGACGGCCUUGUUUCUUUUAAUGUCCUAUAGUACGUUUUUAGCAUCAGAAGCAGCUGGAUUAACAGGUAUUGUGGCUGUAUUAUUUUGUGGAAUAUUUCAAGCACACUACACGUACAAUAAUUUAUCACCCGAUUCAAAACAGAGAACACGAGACUUAUUUGAUCUGUUUAAUUUUCUUGCGGAAAAUUUUAUUUUUGUUUACAUUGGAGUGACAAUGUUUACAUUUCGUGAUCAUCGUUGGGAUAUUAAAUUCAUUAUACCAGCAAUCAUUGCAAUUGCUGUUGCAAGAAUAGUAAUUGUUGUUCUACUAUCAUUUUUAUUGAAUUUUACGAGAACAAAUCGCAUUGGUUGGAGAUGGCAGUUAAUGAUUAUAUUUUCCGGUCUUCGUGGUGCUGUUGCGUUUGCUUUGGCAAUAAGAAAUGUUUCUACAGCCGCAAGAUCACUUAUGUAUACUACAACAUCUGUAAUUGUUAUUUUAACUGUGAUGUUCAACGGUACUCUUACAGCACCGGUUUUGAGAUGGCUUAAAAUUCGUAUUAAUGUGAUAGAUGAAAAUGAACAGCUACCAAGUAUUGAGAGUACUGAUAGAUAUCAAAUAUUGAACAAAAGUCGUUCAUCUCAAGAUGAUGUCGCUCUGUUAAGCGGUAUGGAUGACGAUUCUUUGUCUGUUAACUCAUCACAAAAGGUAAUAUUGAAUAAUGAACGAAAAGAAUCUCAACGUUCAAUUAAACCAUCUUGGCUAUUCAAAAAAUGGUCUCAUUUUGAUCGAAUAUUUAUGAAACCAUUGUUAACACACAGUUAUCCACCAUUAACGGCAACAUUACCGACAUGUUUUUUACCAUUAACGAGUCUCUUAACGACACGUGAACAACGUAAUUGGCAUCGUAAUCAUUUAAACGAUAAUGAAUUAACAGCAUCAGCGAUCACACCUACAAAUCAUCGUCAUCAUCAAAAUCCUAUUUUAAAAUUAAUCGAUAUUGACUCACCAUCAUUAAAUAAUGAUUCUUCUGAAAAUUCACAAUUAGAUCAAACGAUAGAUUUAGUAGACACUAAUUUGAAGAAUACAAAUAAUGAUGGUUCACAAACUGAUUCGAUUAGCGGUUUAAUAAGAUGGUUAUCUGAACGAAAUAUUCAAUAUGAGACUGCCUAUUAUGUACUGUUGAGAAGUGGACAAUUAUCAGGUUUUGGUAAAUUAUUUGAAAAAUUAGGAAAAAUGAGACGUGAACAAUUGAAAGGAUUAGUUGAUAUAUCUUCAGUACUUGAUUUGGAUAUUCAAUUAGAAUCUAUUACAUCUUAUUCUGUAUAUCGACCGUUCAAAUUAUUACAAUACGUUAAUAAAACAAAUAUUGUUGAAAUUAUUAAAGAUUUUAAAAGAGCCGAAUGUACAAAAGGUAUGCAGGAAUUAAACGAAGUUUAUUCAACGAAACUGAAUGAUUAUAAAGAUGUUCCAUUACAAAUGUAUUUAAAAUUAAAAGUAUAUAAUAAUCAACUAUAUAUUUGUAAAAUACUACACGAUUUAUGGAUGAGGAUGAAUUCAAUGUUAAAACAUUCACGUUCAACUAGUUCUAAGAUUCCUAUUGCAUUUGAAAUUGUUGAUAAAUAUUUAAAAAAUCGUUAUUAA